CAUCCUGAACCCGCCAGUCAUUGAAAGUAGCCCGGACGUGUGUUUUUGCAAAGUUGCCCAAAAAAUAAGAACAAUCUGUGCUGAUGGCUGAGUGGAAUGCUUUCUACCAGAAUGAGGAUGAGGAGGAAGACCAGGAGGAAGACCAGCCUGGAGGUAAUUACAAGAUCACGGGAAGAGACAGUCUGGUCUUCUUGGUUGAUGCCUCCAAGGAAAUGUUCAUCAAAGGGGAAAAUGGAGAGCCUUCUAACUUUGAUAUGACCAUGCAGGUUGUGCGCACCGUGUACACCAGUAAGAUCAUCGGUAGUCACAGGGACCUGGUUGCUCUGGUUUUCUAUGGUACAGAGCAGAGCAAAAACCCCAGGAACUCAUUCAAACAUGUUUACGUGUUCCACGAUCUUGACGAACCAGGUGCAAAACGAGUGCAGGAAGUGGAUGCUCUACGAGGGGAAAAGGGGGCCAAACUGGCUGCAGAAACCAUGGGCAGCGGGGAGACGUCGUUGGGUGACGCUCUGUGGUGCUGCGCCAACCUCUACAGUGACAUCAAGCUUCGCCUGUCGCUCAAGCGGCUCAUGAUUUUCACCUGUCGGGACGAACCGCACGCGGGCGACAGCGCCAAAGACCGACAAGCUCGCACCAAGGCUACUGACCUCAAAGAGACUGGUGUUGUUAUCGAUUUAAUGCACCUGAUGAAACCAGGUGGCUUUGACGUCUCACUCUUCUUUCGUGACGUUGUAAGUCCUCCAGAGGAUGAGAGUGAGUUGGGGCUGCAGCUGAAGCCUUGUGACAAACUCGACGACCUCCAGAAGCGGGUGCGAGCAAAGGAACAGAAGAAGAGAGCCCUGGCCAGGUUGAGCUUGUGCCUCGGGGAGGGCCUGAACGUCGCAGUGGGAAUCUAUGCACCUGCUGUGUCCGCUCGGAAACCGCCUCCCGUCAGACUUUACAGGGAAACCAAUGAACCAGUCCGCAGCAAAACCCGCACUUUUCACACCCAGACUGGCAGCUUGCUGCUUCCCAGUGAGAUAAAAAAGGCCCAGGUGUAUGGAGGGAAGCAGAUAGUGAUGGAGAGGGACGAGGUGGACGCCAUCAAUAAAUUUGACGACCCCGGACUGUUUCUGAUUGGAUUCAAACCGAUGGAAAAGCUCAAACUGCAUCAUCACAUCCGGCCCUCCGUCUUCAUCUAUCCUGAGGAAGAUGACGUGAAAGGCAGUGCAUGUCUCUUCUCUGCGUUGUUGAAGAAAUGCAGCGAGAGGAACGUGUUCGCCUUGUGCCGCUGCAUCGCCCGCCGAAAUAACCCGCCCCGAUUUGUCGCCUUGGUGCCCCAGAAAGAAGAGGUCGAUGAAGGGAACGUACAGAUCACGCCACCAGGUUUCAAUGCCAUCUACCUACCGUUUGCUGAUGACGUGCGACCUCUGGAUACUCCUCAGUGUCCGACAGCCUCACAAACUCAGGUUGACAAGAUGAAGAAGAUCGUCUCGAAGCUCAGCUUCAAAUACAGGAGUGAUUCUUUCGAGAACCCAGUUCUCCAGAAGCACUACAGGAACUUGGAGGCCUUGGCUCUGGAUAUGGUGGCUCCGGAGGACUCAGAAGAUCUCAUCAUGCCCAAGGACGAACAGAUUGACGGCCGUCUAGGUGUUUUGGUCCAAGAGUUUAAGGAUCUAGUUUACCCUGAUGACUACAACCCUGUGAAGCCAGCUGCUAAACGCAAAACAGCCGAUAGCGGAGGUGGAGCUGAGAAGAAGCCCAAAGUUGAGGUGACCGAAGACGAGCUGAAGGUCCAUAUCCGAAGCGGCACUCUGGGAAAGCUGACCGUUCCCGUGCUGAAGGAGGCCUGCAAGCAGUUCGGGAUCCGGACCACCGGCACCAAGAAGCAGGAGCUAAUGGAUGCUCUGAUUGGUCAGCUGCGCCCGUGAGGAGUCACCAACAGGAACCUUUGUCUGCUGCUUUGACCAAAAUCCAGUUCCUGUAAAUGUUCUGAUGAAUUUUCAUGUGGAGCUCCUGUGUUUGUGCCCAACUCAGUCCGGCCUGUUUACGGAUGAACAUAAACUUUCUGCACUGAUUUCAUGCAGUGAUUGUUGGUGCUUACAUUGGCAGCUGGUGUGUCAGUCCCACUCUGCAAAUUGAUUAAAUACUCCUUUGCAGUAAUAAAGCUUUUACCCUAUGC